AUGGAGACCUACCACGGACACGUUCGCACGCCCAAUGAUGCCAUCAUUCUGUUCGAGGCCUGCCGUAUUGGAAUAUUACCGCGAGUUCAGCGUCGCCUGUCAGAGAAAGAGCGCCAGCAAAUCAAGUCUGGCUCAGUAUUCGUAUGGGACGAGCGCGAGGCUGGCAUGAGGCGGUGGACUGACGGAAAGUCAUGGAGUGCGAGUCGCGUAUCAGGUAGCUUCCUCACGUACCGAGAGAUGGAAGGCAAGAGGGGAGGAAGCGCAGUACCGGCAGCUCCGGUAGCCAAGAGGGCGUCAGGAAAGUCACCCGACGGCUCAUCAAACGGAGACUCAGAAGGCGAGGGACCAGAUGGAUACAGGUACAAGCCAGACGGCCUGAUGAAGCAGUCUUUCAGCAUCACCACACAGAGCGGACAGCACCUCCACCUCAUCAGCUACUACUCGCGAUCAAAUUCCAACAACCUCCCGCAACCGGCCAACGACGCGCAACUGCGACACAUCCGCCCACCAAAGAACAUGUAUCCAGAGUCAGCAGUCAACGAGACCCAGACCGUGCCUGCCGUCACCCGCGGCCCAAUGCCUGGUUCACCAUACAGCGCACCUGGACACAGCAUGCCACCGUCUUCACCAUAUACGCGCGGCGGACCCGUUGCGCCAAUGUACGCCGUCCCUGUAUACCCACCGACUCCGCCCAACGGCACCUCACCGCUGCAUCCGUACUAUCCGCAACAUCCCUACUUCUACCCCGGCCUCAUCUAUGCACAGCCUCAAUAUCAUCCACAAGCGCACGUCUACGAUCGCCCACCGCAACAUCCUCACGCCCCCCAAGCCCAUCACCCAAUGCUGAUGCAGCACCCUGCCUACGCCGCGCAUGCUGCCCACGCUGCACACGCGGCGGCUCAACAGUACAUGGCGCCUUCAACACGCGCUCCAUCUACUGCUGAACAAGCGCAACAUUCACAUCUCCAGCGUGCUAGUGUAGUCGCGCCUCCCCCAGCACCCGCACAAGCAAUUCCUGAGCAAGGUCCACAACUCCCGGCCAUCAACGGUGCUGCUGCUGCUGCUGCAGGAAAUCCAAACAAGCCACCGACGCCAGAGCCUUCCGACAAGUCAGAAUCUCGCGCGCCCGAGUCAGAUGGCCCGGCAGCACAGCGCCCCCUCCCGACACUCGGUUCGUUGUUGAACGGUGACAGCCAGGACAAGGACAACCAGACCGGCAGCCGUUCUGGCAGUCGCAGUCCGAAUACUGCAACGAGAUUCCCUCGCGAUCUUGCACCGGAGAGACUUGCCAAGAACAGCACUGCUGCUGACAGCAGCGCGCUUAACAAGCUCAAUAGCGUAUUCGUCCGGUCAUAG